AUGGACAUCGGUGGUUUGGAGACAGUGGUGGCAAAUUCUGCCUAUGUGUCCGCCCGUGGCAGCGUGGACGGAGCUGCAGCAGCCUCCAUGCGUGACAAGAAGAUGCGUGCCAGGCUGAAACUCCCACACAUCAGAGAUUGUGAACACAUGAAGGCCACUGUAGACACAACCUUUGACAGCAUGUGUGUCAAACAACCCAUCGGUAAGCGCCUCUUCCAACAUUUUCUGGAGAGUGACGUGACCCAUAAAAAUGCUGGAGAGCUGUGGAGAGACAUGGAAGACUACACUGUAUGCCAAGAGAAGGACAGAGUACAGAAGGCCCAAAAAAUAGUCAAUAAGUACUAUGAGUCAGCUUCAAAGAAUUUUUGCAGCUUCCUGGAGGAGAAGGCCGUCACUCGAGUUAAAGAAGACUUCAAGAACGUUCGCGGUGACCUGUUUAAAGAGAGCGAGCAGCAGCUGCUCAAACACCUGGAGAAGAUGGCCACAGAAGGCUUCAAGAACAGCAUGUACUUCCUGCGUUAUGUUCAGUUCAAAUGGUUGGAGAGCCAGCCUUCUGAUGAGGAGUGGUUCAUGGACUUCAGGGUCCUGGGUAAAGGAGGUUUUGGGGAAGUGUAUGCUUGCCAGGCUAAAGCAACAGGCAAAAUGUAUGCCAACAAAAAGCUGGAGAAAAAGAGGCUGAAGAAACGCAAAGGCUACGAGGGGGCAAUUGUGGAGAAGCGAAUCCUUGCAAAAGUUCACAGUCGCUUCAUCGUGACACUGGCUUACGCUUUCCAGACCAAGACAGACCUCUGCUUAGUUAUGACCAUCAUGAACGGUGGAGACCUCAGGUUUCAUAUGUAUAACGUGGAUGAAAAAAAUCCUGGUUUCAAUGAGAAGAGAGCAUGUUUCUAUACAGCUCAGAUCAUCUGUGGGCUCGAGCACCUUCAUCAGCACAGGAUCAUCUACAGAGACCUGAAACCAGAGAACGUACUGCUGGAUGAUGCAGGACACGUCCGCCUGUCAGAUUUGGGUCUGGCUGUUGAACUUCCACCAGGAAAAGACAAAACUACUGGAUAUGCUGGAACUCCAGGUUUCAUGGCUCCAGAGCUGCUCCAGAAGAAGGAGUAUGACUACACAGUGGACUAUUUUACUCUGGGAGUCACCCUGUAUGAGAUGAUUGCUGCCAAAGGGCCCUUUAGAGUACGAGGAGAGAAGGUUGAGAAUGAAGAGGUAAGUCGCAGAAUCCUGAACGAUCCAGUUGCAUAUACACCCAACUUCACCAAAGAAUGCAAGGAUAUUUGCGAAGGCCUGAUGGAGAAGGACCCAGCGAAACGUCUCGGGUUCAAAAAUAAUGACUGCACAGAUCUGAAGAAUCAGCCCUUCUUCAAAGACAUUAACUGGGGCCGUCUGGAAGCAGGCAUGCUACCUCCACCAUUUGUCCCUGAUCCUAAGAUGGUCUAUGCCAAAGAUAUUGAUGAUGUGGGUGCCUUCAGCACAAUCAAAGGUGUGGUCCUGGAUAACAAGGACACUGAGUUCUACAAUGAUUUUGCUUCUGGCAAUGUCCCAAUCCCCUGGCAGGAGGAAAUGGUAGAAACAGGUGUAUUUGGAGAGCUGAACAUCUGGGGAGAGGGCGGCAAACUGCCCAAUGACCUUGACCCAAACUUUGUGGAAGCCAAAGGUGGGGGGUGUGUCCUGCUUUGA